AUGGAGAGAAAAUAUGAAAGAAUAGUGCCUGGUGGUGAUAGUCACCGACGUACGGGAUCCCACGGCAGCAAUGAGUCUGUUGAAGCAAUGAACGGUCCGAUUGUGGAUAUGCAAGCUGGGAAUAAUGCUGUGCACGUAGACGAGGAAAAUGACAGGGAAGAGAAGUCUCCACUCAGAACAAAAUCUGGUGAGAAGGUUAUUUCUCCUUCCGAUCAAUCUCAGCGUUCGGUGCACUCUCCUAUAGCCUUUGCGCAUUCGUCAUCUUUCACCUUUGAUGAUGCGUUUGACGAAGACGAAGAAAACCUCAAGCGGUAUAAUCUUGAUUUUUCAAUGGAUGCGGGCGAAGCGACGUUGUCGGACUCGGUGCACGGGGGAAUCCCUUUCCGCAACUCAGACGAUCAUGACUCGACCACGUUGCAGCUUCUCUGGAAUUCAUUUCAGUCCCAGAGACAAAGAGCACGUCAACGACGGGCUCAAUUAUUGCUGCAACAGUCUGAACGGAAUUUCCGACAGGGCGUUUGGAUCUGCAUGAACACUUAUUGUGAUGCCACAGAUGGAGGUCUUUUGCUUUUCGCUUUCCUCAUCUUCGUCUGGGUGAUCAAGAUCAUGAGCCUAAAUGAUGCGACAGCGAUGCGGCAUUGGUUCCUCGCUGGCAUCUUAUUGAUUUCACUUCGGCUUGGGGUUAGGCCACUGUCUGGGUAUUACACACGGCAACGACAACGAAGGAGGUUGCAAUCACAAGAUCGCCAGCCUCAUCACGUUUUGCCGACACAAUCACCUGCUCCGACAAAAUUGAGGCAACGGACCCAUAGCAAUGAUGAAGAGGACAAGACCACUCCUCGAAGAUACCGUGAUGAACCGCCCAGCAGUGGCAACCUCGAACUACAGAGUGUUACUAGUAGUACUGCCAGUCUGACUUAG